AUGAUGUUAGCAUUACAUAGGGCAUCUCAAGAGGGCAAUUUAAUUCUGGUGUCGAUUCUGCUCGAGAGAGGGGUAAACGUAAAUGCGAGAGAUAGACAGGGGCUAACUCCUCUCCACAUAGCGGCAGAGAUUGGAGACAAGUUAUUAGCAGAGCUGUUAUUUCAGCGAGGAGCGGAUACGUGUUCGGUAUCCGCUAGGGGAAAUAUUCCUCUAGACUGCUCCAAGGAUGAAGAAAUGACUUUGAUGCUUGUACAGAUGAUGGCUAGAGCGGGGAAAGCAAAAAUAGCCAAAGAGAGAUUACAGUUUGAAGAAUUGUCCGAAAAGGCCCGGCAAAAAGCCGCUAAGACAUUAGACUUGAAAAGCCCCAGAAAAAAGGGACCUCCAGUGCCAUUUUCUCAGUUUUGGAACAAGCGUUCCAUAGCAAGCUUUCUCGGAUUGAGAGAGGCUGAUUCAAGGCUUUCAAGCCUGUCAAACAUUUCUGACUGUAGUAGAUUCAGCGAAAGUGAGUCCGGCUUUUCUGAAUUGGACAAAUCUCCUGAGAGCACAUCUAUGGAGUCUGUACAGACGAACGAAUCACUUUCAAGCGGCUUUGCGUCCGUGGACGAAUUUUCACCGCAAUCAUUUAAUAGGCGCGCGACUACAGCACUAACGAAAGAAGAAUUCGCAGCCUUGAACCGUUCUCCUUUCAUGCCACGGCGCACUCGUGCCGUAUCGGACCCGCCGCGAAAACGGACAAUUAAACGAUCAUCAACGUGGAAUAUCAGCAGUAAAAGUGAGAGCACAUUCCCGCGUUCUGCGCUGAAAAGACGGGUGGAAAAGUGUGUGACUUUCCCGGCGGAUGUUCUCUUAGACAUUGCAAUCAAAAACGACGAUUUCGUUGAAACUUGCCACUUGAUAAAAUCGAAAAAAGUCGACUUUAAUCGCGUUGGAUGCAAUGGGCUCACACCGCUUCAUCGAGCGGCUAUCGAAGGCAGUCACGAAUGUCUGCAACUGUUAAUUGACCUCGGAGCAAACGUGAACGCGCGGGAUGGCUCAGGAUGGACACCUCUUCACGACGCUGUUUAUCACGGAAAUUUCAACUGCGCACUGGUUUUAUUGAGCGCGGGUGCUGAUCCAGAAGCUGAAACGGACGAUUUUACAUCGGUGAUAGAAAUGACAGACGAUGAUAAAAUGCUUCUUGUCGUUGGAAGAGCGUUGAUUCUAGCAUUCAACAGUGGGUACCAAAACGAAAUAUCUUUCUGCGAGCAGGAAGUACAUCAUCCUGUUUUUGACCCUGAUAGGGAAACAUGCGUUUAA